CCCACAUGUCUCCCAAGAGGACGCGCAAUCAUGUGCUUCAAGUUGCUUCCUUUAGCUGAUAGGCGAUAAGAGUUCCGCCAACUGCCAAGACGCCAAGAAAUGGCCCGCCACAGCAAACCUACGCCUUCGCCACCUCACGUGAGCCACGAAAAAUCGCUGUGCCGGAGAGGAGGCGAGCGCACGGUUUGAGCCCCAAUGACGAGCCCCGCAGCUCCCACAAUUAAUCGCUAAAUCCAGUCCGCCCAGCAGUCUUCUCGCGCCCACCGCAAUAACCGAAAAUGGGAAAGGUUCACGGAAGUUUGGCCCGUGCCGGCAAGGUCAAGUCUCAGACCCCUAAGGUCGAGAAGCAGGAGAAGAAGAAGACUCCUAAGGGCCGCGCCAAGAAGAGACUCGUUUACACUCGCCGUUUCGUCAACGUCACCAUGACUGGCGGCAAGCGCAAGAUGAACCCCAACCCCGGCUCUUAGAUUACCCCAACCCGCAAACCGAUGAACGAACUUUUGACGAUGACGAACGAACAACAAGACAACGCCGGAAGGGACUGUACUGUGUGCUUGUAUCUUUUUCUUGGGAUCCCUGGAAACAGGGCGAUCCCAAGAUUAAGGUUCGGGGAAUAAGGGCGAAAAAAAAAAGCAAGCAAAC